CACCACCAACACCAACGCCACACAAACGCCCGCCCAGUUUCUCAGGAGUCGUCCUCCACAUCCUGACUGGUUCAUAAACGCCAUAUCUGAGUGAGUAAAACAUUAGAAUUGAUCAGCUGUCAACAUGUGUGGGUGAGGAGCCUAUCACUGGUGAGAGAUCAACAGGGAGGCAGGCAGGUAAGAUGAACCAAACUUUUAUUAAAGAAGGCUCCAGAGCUGAGCAGACAGACAAACUAUUUGCACAAACUUGAGGCAAUAAGAUACACAAAGCAAGUAUCUGACAAUGACAUCAUCGAACACGGGGGUUACAUACAGGAGGGAAUCAGGAACAGGUGAGCUCAGAGGCAGGUGUGAUUCCUUAUGGGGAAACAGGAAAUGAAAACACUGAACAGCAGCUGGGAAGCAGCAUGCAUGUGAUUUAAAAUACUGCAAAAGAUUCAUGUAAAGCUUCAAUUUGCAUACCAGGAUAAAUAAUAAAUGUCUUGCAAAGACAUCACUACAUCAGUUAGCUAUAAAUUAAAAACAACCAUACCUUUCUCCUGCUACCAGCACGACAUCCUUUUUGAGUCAGAGAAGUGACGAGCACUGCUAGUGUUUACAACAAGUUCUGCAUAACAGGAUAUACAGCGGGGAAUUCCAUUUGUUGUGAAACUGGCAGAUCCUGUUUGGGAGCUAAAGGGCAAACACAAGGAGGAGUUGUCAGGAAACAAAACCUUAACUUAAACAGACUCUCGGGAUGAGGUAAGCUGCUAAAUAUUGUAUUAAGUUAUAGUUUUCUAAAGUGCUUGUUUUUGAAGGGAAUAUCUAAAGCUUCUGUAUGUUUCUAUUUCUGAUAUCCAAUUUUAAAAAAGUUUUUUUUUUCAACAAAGAUUCUUGUUAUAAUUGUUGCUUAUUUGCUAGUUGAAACACCUUUAGCUAGGCAUUACAAACAUUUCCAUCUUAAUUCCAGAGCAGAUGGUUCAGAUACAAAUACGCCUAUAUUUAUCCAGACUGUCUUUAAGAGUUCUUCCAGGUGAAAUGAUGGAUUUAUCUUUUUGCAGAUGGACCAUGCCACCCGGGAAGAGUCAGAACUGUCAGAAAACAUUAUUGUCUGCUUGCCUCAUUAUUUCCUGUGUUGUUUUAGAAGGUCUACUAAUAUAUUUGGUUGCACAUCUGUUGCUAAGCUGGACGGAUGUUGUACGACAGAGCUCUAAUCAGGAUUUGACAAAAAACCACAGUGAAAACACAUUUGGCUGCACAUCCAAACUCACCGUUGUGACCGACGAGGCCCUGAGGCAAAAAUGGGAAGCCUGCAGCGCAAACUUCAGUCAAGCCUGGAAAAAUUUGGAGCAAAGCUGGAAAAGACCUCCUCACAGCUACUUGGAGACCCAACAUUCAUCAGCGUUACACCUUUUUACUUCUGUGAUCCUACAGCCUGUUAACCGGGUUAUUCAUCCUGCUGACAGAACGCCCAAACAAAAACACACUUUUGAGUUGUUCUCUCUUUUUUCUACUUUAAGUGAAGCUAUUCAGAUUAUUAAACACAAUCAGGUGAUGUGUUUAAAUACAAUCUACAGGACAGAAACUGUUUUACUGCACAACGUCUUGGACCAACUGGUUCGAUUCGACACUUUUAUUUUAGGAUCAGAUGAGCCGAACGUAACAGGAAACGUUUCCUGUUUUGAGAUAUACUCGUGCUUCGGAGCUGACGUAACACAAUACUCUGCUCUAAACCUGAAGAAACAAAUGCUGAUUCCUCCUUAUGAGGUGUUUAUGGUGACUGAUAUCCAGAAUCAGACAGAUUCAUGUAAAGUUAUUUAUAAACUCAGAAGCAACAUGAACUGUGUUUAUGACAGAGACAGCAACAGGAUGCAUUCAAUAUCUGCUUUUCCAAUGGAGGGGUUCUGGCUCAUUUUUACCAUCAUUUGCUUGAUAACACUGUCUCUUUUAUUACCUUGUGUUUUUAAAUUACACCAUGAGUUAAUUAUGGCGUACAGAUGUUCAUCUGUGCACUGCACUGCAGUCAUGUUGUAACCUAAAGGGUCAAUUACAAAUUCAAGUACGUACAAGACAGAGAAAGUAAGUUAUGAAAUAAUGAUUAUUAAAACUUGAAAUCUAUAAUAAAUACCCCGAACAAUAGUAAUGUGUGGUUUGCAUAAGUGAGGGUGAGAUGACAGCACCUGUGACUUCAGCUGCAGGCAACUGAACGUCCAGCAGAGGGCAGAUGUUCAACUCUCUGGCUCAAACUAGUGAUGGGAAUUUUGGCUCUUUUUAGAGAGUCGGUUCUUUUGGCUCAUCUCACCAAAAAGAGCCGGCUCUUUCGGCUCCCAAGUGACUCCUCAGACUUUCUGUUGCGUAAAGUAUAUUUAUCACCAAAAAUAAUGCAAAACUAUAUGUAAAAUGAUUUACUAAUAUAAAAAAAGCAAUAAACCAAAUAUUUUUCAUUUA